AUGGUUAAUUUUUUAUCAGUUCCACUUAAAUCUACAAAUGAAGUUGAUUUAUACAAACCUUUAAAAACAUAUAUAGAUUCUCUUUCUGAAUUGUCUGAGGAUGUUAAAAGUGAAGCAAAUGAAGGAUUACUCGAAUUGAAUAAAUUGAGAAAUAAAGCUUGUUGUCAACCGCUGGAUAAACAUCAAAGCUCUCUUGAUGUUAUUACAAGAUACUAUGACCAACUUUGUGCAAUAGAAGCAAAAUUGCCAAUUACACCAACUCUGAAUCCAAUCAGUUUUAAAUGGAAAGAUGCUUUUGGGAAGAGUUCAUUAUUCUUUUCUAAAGCCUCUCUAACGUUAAAUGACAGUUCUUUUGAAAGAGCCUGUGUUCUCUUUAAUUGUGGCGCUUUAAUGUCAAAUAUUGCAGCUUCACAGCAAAUGCAUUCAGAUGAAGAAUUGAAGGGUGUUGCCAAAAUGUUUCAACUAUCAGCUGGGAUUUUUUCUAAAUUGAAGGAUUCUGUUUUUGGAUUGGUCCAGCAAGAGCCAACACCUGAUCUUUCUCCAGAUGCUUUGUCCUCACUUUCUUUGUUAAUGGUCGCACAAGCACAAGAGUCUGUUUAUAUUAAAGCUUCUAGAGAUAAGAUGAAGCCAAGUUCUUUGCUUAAAAUUGCGGCACAAUGCAGUGAGAUGUAUAGUGAGGCUCUUAAAUUUAUGUGCAAAGAUAGUGUCAAAGGAAUGUGGGAUAAGGAAUGGAUUCCAAUAGUAACCGCAAAGGGAAUGGCUUUUGGUGCUUUGGCUCAAUUUUAUGCGGCAGAAUAUGCAAAGGAUAACCAAACUUUUGGCGAACAAAUAUCUCGACUUAAAGAAGCAUCGAAAUUAAUGGACCAAGCAAUUUCUUAUUGUUCUAAUGGAUUUUCUGAAGAAAAUGCUUUAAUUAAAAAGUCGUUAGAAACUGCUGUUAAAGACAACGACUUUAUUUAUCAUGAAAGGGUUGCUGAUUUUAAAUCACUUCCUCCUUUACAAAAAAUUUCUUUGGCAAAACCUUCAACGAUUUCCGGACCUAUUUCUGCCCGUUUUAAAGACAUGUUUGAAUCGCUUGUGCCUGUGGCUGUUCAAAAUGCUUUGGCUACUUUUGAGGCUAGAAAGAAUGAUGUCGUUAAUAUUGAUGUUUCUAGAAUGAGGGAAUACAAUCAAUUAAUGAAUGCUUGUUUGGCUUCAUUAAACUUGCCUGCUGCUUUGGACGAUGUAACUAAACAAGAACAAUGUCCUCAAUCUAUUCGAGAGAAAUCGGCACAAGUUAAAAAUAAUGGAGGGAUUACUGAUUUGACGAAUAAAUUGAAUGAAUUGCCUGGUUUAUAUAAAAGAAAUGAAGAAAUUUUGAAUGAGUGUUCAAGACUGUUAAAAGAUGAAAAAGAAACAGAUGAAAAUCUUCGUAAACAGUUUACUACAAAAUGGACUCGAAUGCCUUCUGAAAAUUUGACACCGCCUUUUUUGCAAGAAUUGGGAAAAUUUAGAGGAAUAUUACAAACAGCAGCUAAUGCUGAUGUUAGCGUUAGAAGUAAAUUUGAGCAAAACAAAAGAGGAAUGGAAUUGCUUAGUUUAACUGAGAAUGACUUAAAAUUAUCAAUUCCUGGUAUUGGAACUUAUCAAGGUGGAGCGUCUAAUUCUGCAGCAAUUCAAAAAUUGAGAACUUUAAUGAAUCAGGUUCAGGAAAUUAAGGUUGAAAGGGAGGAAAUUGAGAAAGAAUUAAAAAAGAUUCGUUGCGAUAUGAGCAAUGAUUUUUCUAAUGCUUUGGCAGAGUCUGGUGUUGUAGAUGAACAAAAAUUAAGUUCUGACAAAAUUGCAAAUUUAUUCAAGCCUUUACGGGACAAAGUAGAAUCUUCAAUUAAAAGGCAAGAUUCUGUUAUGGAAGAGGUUCAAUUAUGGCAUAAAAAGUUUCAUGAAGAACGUCAAACAACUGGAGGAGCUGAACGUGAAAAUUUCUUGAAAGGAUUAGCGACUGCUUAUGAUGCCUUCUUUAGACUUCAAGGGGAUUUGAAUGAAGGAACAAAGUUUUACAAUGAUCUUACACCUAUUUUGGUUCGUCUUCAGCAGAAAAUUUCUGGUUUAUUCUUAAAUUCUAUUUUUAUAAUACUUUUUCCAUUAGAUUUUUGUUUUGCUCGUCAAACGGAAAAGGAGGAUUUGAUGAAACAAGUCCAGCAAAAUAUUGUCUCUGGCAAUGAAACUACGGGAAAGAGUGCUCCACCUCCUCGUCCACCACCACCAAUACCGCCUCCUGUUACUCAAUCAUAUCAAAAUCAAACUCCAAUUCCUCAAAUGCAUCCGCAACCACAAUUGGGUAUGCAACAGCAACAGCCACCACAGUAUUCAUAUCAGCAACAACCUCCGAAUCCUUAUAUGCCAUAUGCUCCAUAUCCUUAUGGUGUUCAGCCGCAACAACAGCAGGCUCAAAUGGGAGGUUAUAAUACUCCUUAUCCUGUUCAAUAUCCGGGGACAUAUCCAGGCGCUUUUCCACAACAGCAGUUUGGUGCCUUUCCUCCACCACCAGCUUUUAAUCAACAGCAGCAACAGCCUCCUAAUAACCCAACUAAUCCGUUUCAAUAA